AUGUCUGAUAAUUUAAAAAGGGCAGAGUCCUUGUUCAAUAGAAUAAUGAACCAAAAUGCUGACUCGUCUGCAAGCUCGUCGCCAUCGUCAACGCCAGUGCAAAGUUUUCAAACGAGUUUUCCACCGAGAUCGAAAUUUCAUCAUCAGCAUCAAAGCAGUAACAGCAGUCAGGUAAGCGACAGUGUGAAUUUUGGCAGUGGGCAGUCGCUGCAACCUCAACUGCAGCACCACACAUCAUCGCAGCAGUUGGCAAAUUUGCCCAAGUUGGACGUUGCUAAAUUGACUGAAGAAGCAUUGGCAACAGUAUCAGAAAAUGAUCAUGUAUUACCUUAUUGUUGGACAGUAUGGCAUCAUUUGAGAAAGAAGAAGCAACAGCAGCAGCAGCAAGGUUCAGUAACAAUCACGACUGAAGAUGCUGAAACAGUCGCGUCAACUACCACUACCAAAGAUGAUGAUUCGACCUCGUUACAACUGCAACUGCAACUGCAACUGCAAGAACAACCCGGUGUUGAUACUUAUUUACAAACUACCAACCGAUUACAAUUUACAGAUUUGAACAAUAACUCCACAACCAUUUCUCAUAUUGCCUCAAUUGAGCAAAUGUGGACGAUGUUGACAUCAAUCAAGACCAGUUUCAAUUUAAAUGUCGGUACUGAGUUUCUUAUUUUCAAAAUUGGAGUUAAUCCCGUGUGGGAAGAUCCAUUGAAUGCUAAAGGAGGACGAUGGAUAUUUCGGUUCAGCAGAAGAACACAAGACUAUCAUCAUUCAAGUAAAAGAAAUGUUGCCACCGAUGGACCAUCGGCACAAUUGUCUGUUGAGAAAAUGAGGAAACGGUCAGCGUUGAUUUGGGAGAGGAUAGUAAUCAAGAUCUUGACGGGGAAUUUUAUCCCUGCUACUCAUGCUCCUGAUUUGCAAAAUGUCUUGAAUAAUGAUAUUUGUGGCAUUGUGUUGAGUGUACGUAAAGAGGAGGAUAUCAUAUCCGUUUGGAACUCCAAUUUGAAUUUCAAAAAGCAGUCCCAGCAAUCACAACAGAGUAGUGGCGUCGAUGCUAAAAAGCCCUUGACUCCGUUUCAGGCAAGGCGUAUCAUAUGUGAUGCCAUAUUGCGAGUCAUUAGAGAGUGCGAUGAGAUUUUACUCGGGGCAGACUCUAUAAAGACGGUGGAUAGUGGGUCAAAUGAACGUGUUGGUGGAGUUGGGUUUGAGUAUAGAUUACAUGUUGAGUCGCCAUCGAACAUGGACAACAAGGGUGAGAGAAAAGGUAGGUAUGGUGGUGGGAAGUAUUCGAGGCUGAAUAAUUCUAAUAACCACCACCAACUGCAACAGCAACAACACCAGCAUCAUCAUCAGCACAAUGGAAGUGGAAGUACUGAAAGUGGUGAUGUUAUUAAUACGGACUAA